AACAAUAUUAUGCUACAUGUCGCUGGCAGGCUCUGUCGAUUAAAAUGCAUGUAAUUCGUUAAUGUCUAGUAAAGAGCGAUAAUAAUGGGGGUGAACGAUGAAGAGGAAUUGCGAAUGAGUUUCGCUUAUUUCCUACUGUCAGUGAAUACAACACUAGACGGUGGUCUACUCUGCUAAACGGUUGCGGUGACUGAGUAACGUUCAGGUGGCGUGUAUCUCUUAAACCUUUAAUAUUAAAUAUAUUGCACUGCAGUACAGUCAGUAAUUAUUACUAAAGUGAAAAGGAGAUUUGAAAGUAUUUGAAACAGUUGUAACGUUGAUAGAAAUGACUUCCCAAAUCCGACAAAACUUCCAUCAGGACUGCGAGGCUGCAAUCAACAGACAGAUCAACUUGGAGCUGUAUGCCUCCUAUGUUUAUCUCUCAAUGGCAUACUAUUUUGACAGGGAUGAUAAAUCCCUAGAAAAUUUUGCUAAGUUCUUUAAUGCCCAGUCAAAAGAGGAGCGUGAGCAUGCAGAGAAGUUGAUGAGUUUGCAGAACCAGCGUGGAGGCAGAAUUUUUCUGCAGGAUAUUAAGAAACCCGAUAGAGACGAGUGGGGGAGCGGCCUGGAAGCCUUGGAGUGUGCUUUGCAGCUAGAGAAAAGUGUAAACCAAUCCCUGCUGGACCUGCAGAAAAUGGCAGCCGAACACAAUGAUCCUCAUAUGUGUGACUUUGUAGAAACACAUUUCCUAGAUGAGCAGGUUAAAUCCAUCAAGCAGCUGGCAGACUGGAUCUCAAACCUGCGUCGCAUGGGCGCUCCUCAGAAUGGGAUGGCCGAGUACCUCUUUGACAAACACACCAUGGGAGAAGAAGCCAGUUAAACUGAGUAGCAAAUCAUCAUCUAUCUUCACCUAUAGGGAAGCAUUCUUUGUUCUCAAAAUGUCAUUUCAUGACAUUGAGCUAUUUAUGAAUCAACCUUCUGUGGCAAUAUUUAGAUAAAUAUGUGUUUGGAGUAUAGACCAUGCCAAAGUAACAUUUAUCAAUGGUUGUAUGAUGGGAAAGAAAGUUCACCUUCACAGCUGGAUUAAGACCACUCUAUGUUCUCCAGAAUUUACAAAACCGUUCAAAUCAUAGAAAACCUCAUUGUAGCGAGGAGGCAAGCAAUGCCAUACUGCCUUGUUAGUCACAUAUAUGACUCCAGAAAAAAUUAAGAGACAACUUAAAAUAAUCAGUUUCUCUCAUUUUACUCUGUAUAGGUAUAUGUUUGAGUAAAAUGAACAUUGUUGUUUUCUUCUAUGAACUACUGACUACAUUUCUCUUAGAUUCCAACCAAAGAUUUUGUAUUUAUUUGCAGAAAAUGAGAAACGGUCAAAAUCAUGAAAAAGAUGCUGUGCUUUCAAGCCUCAAAUAAUGCAAAAAAAGAAGAAAAAAAAACAAGUUCAUAUUGAUUUAGAAACAACAAUUCCAAUUUUUUAACUCAGGAAGAGUUUAGAAAUCAACAUUUGGUGGAAUAACCAGGAGGUUUUAAAUAGGGCUCAGUCCAGAGGGCUCUUCAUUUUUUUUUCAGAGCUGUAUUUGUUCUUGCUCCAUUAUUGGCUAUCCUACUGCAAUGGAGUUGCCACAGGGAAUACCGCCACACUAUGGUUUGCCCUCAUAAUCUGCAGAAUUUACCUAUAAUUGUAUGCAGUUUCUGGUCCUAAAUCAUCAGUUUCAGCGUGAGAGGAACAAACUUUAUCUUCAUCAGCUUUCUGACAGCACAAGAGGAUGCAUUUGAAGGGUUCUCUGUGAUGUGUAAUUAUAUUUAUCUGAGAUACUUCGCAAGUGCAGGAUCCACACAGAACGUCCUCAAGAUGGGUUUUUUAUAAUCACUGUUUCAGUUUAUUUUUAGAAUUGUGCUGUCUUCAUUGUAAAAUUAUUUCAGAAACCCUUCUCAUCCUACUCGCCGCCCUCCAGAUCUAAAUACAAUACCACGACUACCGUUAGACAUCAAUGCACGAUGAACUUUCAACAAUCUCCUUACCUAUAUUCACAGUUUAUUUGCUUCUAAAACGCCAGGGUUCACACUCCAUGAGGAGCACAACUCAUAAAGACUUUUCUGGGCAAAAUGCACAAGCGUAAUGUGAAUUUCUUUUUUUGAGAGCAGCAAUGCUGCUUCCAGGCUCCUUCCUGUAGAAUUUGUAAAUAAUGUCCAACCACCAGGAUGUCUGGAGAAACAUUGCUAAGCUGCAUUGUGCAUUAUAGGGACCACUGACUCUUGGGGAUGUGGUGCAGUCUCAGACCAGUGUGAAGGAGAACUUGCUGAAAGAUACGCUUAUUUUCCAGCUGUAAAAUUGUUUUACUUAUAACCGAUGAUGGUGUCUUUCACUAGCAUUAUAGCCAUAACCUGCACUUAGAACUGAAUUACAGUCCUACAAACAAAGCCAUAUAAACUUGUACUCAGUAUAGAUUGUGAAAAUAGUAAGGAUCAUAUGUAUUUUUUUCUAAAUUGAUCUUUUCAUUAUUUAAAGUGAUGGACCACCCAUUACAUUAUAUGUUUGUUCAUUAUUGAAAAGCUGUUUUGUUGUUAUAAUUUUCUCAUUUUUGGUCAGUUUCUUCAUAACUUUUAAAGUUUGAGUUCAGUAUUCUGUAGUUACUGUACAACAUUGAAUAGUCUUGUAUGUACAAAAAGCGUAUGAAAAUAAAGCGAUAAUAUUCAAAUUA